GAGCUUAGUAGCUAGAUUUUGAGAUAAGAAAAUUGAUGAGGAAAGAUUUACAAGUGAUAUUACAGCAAAGCAGCAUGUUGUGAUUCUCAAACGUACAAUUUUUGUUUGUGAGUGUCCUUGAUUGAGGUUUUUAAUCAGGAAAGAAGAAGAUGAUCGAUCAAACAUGGAACAACCUCAAGGCAUGUUAUAGGUUGGAUAAGUCUUAUAUGAGAUUCUAGCCUUUGGAAGAUAAAAAUACUUUCAAUAGACGACAACAAAGUUGGCGAGGAAGCAAUCGACGACAAAGUUGAUCCAGAAAGAUUCUCUCAGAGAUUUUACCCUAAAAAAAUGUCGAACAUUCAUCAGAAUCGGCGAUCUUCGUUUUCCUCGUCGACGAAAUCUUCACUAGCGAAGCGUCAAGCACCAUCUUCGUCGGAGAAUUAUGUUAAACCUAUGGCGGUGAUGACGAAAAAACGAGCACCGUUAAGUAACAUCACUAAUCAAAAAAAUGGCUCACGAUUACCAAAUUCAUCUUCAGAUUCGGUACAUUGUUCGAACAAGUCUGCGAAAUUGAAGUUAGCACCAACACAACCUGUUUGCGUAAAUGCCGGGUUUUCGAACAAUGUUUUACCUCUGCAACAAGGUGUAGUUCCUCACAAAGUUGCUUCUUCACCUAGCAAAUCUGAUGAUGGAUCAGUAUCAAUGGACGAGACAAUGUCUUCAAGUGAUUCUUACAAGAGUCCUCAAGUUGAGUAUAUCGAUAAUGACGAAGUUUCGGCUGUUGUUUCGAUUGAGAGGAAAGCAUUGAGUAAUCUGUACAUAACGCCGAAUUCAGAAACAAUUGGUAAUUAUUGUAGUAGAGAUGUGUUGUCUGAUAUGAAGAAAAUGGAUAAGAAUCAGAUUGUUAACAUUGAUAAUAACAAUGCUGAUCCUCAGCUUUGUGCUACAUUUGCUUGUGAUAUUUAUAAGCAUCUUCGUGCCUCCGAGGCUAAGAAGCGGCCUGCGGUUGAUUAUAUGGAGAGAGUUCAGAAAGAUGUGAAUUCGAGUAUGCGUGGAAUCUUAGUUGAUUGGCUGAUUGAGGUGUCAGAAGAGUAUAGGCUUGUACCCGAGACGUUGUAUUUGACAGUGAACUAUAUAGAUAGAUAUCUAUCUGGGAAUGUGAUUAGUAGACAGAAACUUCAGUUGCUUGGUGUGGCAUGUAUGAUGAUAGCAGCAAAAUAUGAAGAGAUAUGUGCUCCACAAGUUGAGGAGUUCUGUUACAUCACUGAUAAUACAUAUCUCAAAGAUGAGGUGCUUGAUAUGGAAUCUGAUGUUCUAAAUUACUUGAAGUUUGAAAUGACAGCACCAACAACGAAAUGCUUUCUAAGACGCUUUGUUCGAGCUGCCCAUGGAGUUCAUGAGGCUCCAUUGAUGCAACUAGAAUGUAUGGCUAACUACAUUGCGGAAUUAUCGCUUCUAGAGUACACAAUGCUCUCUCAUUCACCUUCACUCGUAGCUGCUUCCGCCAUUUUCUUGGCUAAGUACAUUCUAGACCCAACAAGACGACCAUGGAACUCGACAUUGCAACACUAUACGCAAUAUAAAGCGAUGGAGUUGAGAGGAUGUGUGAAGGAUCUUCAAAGAUUGUGUAGUACCGCUCACGGCUCUACUCUACCUGCUGUGAGAGAGAAAUACAGUCAACACAAAUACAAGUUUGUGGCAAAGAAGUUUUGUCCAUCAAUAAUCCCACAAGAGUUCUUCAACAACAGCUAAAAUCCUUUAAUUUAACUUUGUUCCAAUGUUGCGUUGGAUUGAUUGUUUGAUUGUAUAUGAUUUUGCUGUUGUUGGUCUAUUUAUAAAAUUAGCUAUUUACG